AUGGAUUCAGCACGACCUGUUUGUGGAUCGGAGGGCCCUGGGGAGGAGUAUCCCCUUGGCAUGCACAUCGGUGGUCUUUUCGCUGUUUUGUCUGUUUCUUGUCUGGGCGCUGGCUUCCCUGUCGCCGCCAAGAGAAUCAAGUGGCUCAAGAUGCCUCCCAAGGUCUUUUUCGCUUGCAAGCAUUUCGGUACUGGUGUUUUGGUUGCUACCGCAUUCGUUCAUUUGCUUCCCACAGCCUUCGGAUCCCUCACUAAUCCCUGCCUCCCCGAACUCUUUACCGAUAUCUAUCCCGCUAUGCCUGGUGUCAUCAUGAUGACCUCUAUGUUCCUGCUUUUCAUGGUCGAACUCUAUCUCAACGCCAAGACUGGUGGACACUCUCACGGUGGUCCCACAGGUACAACAAUCACUGUCGCUCCUCCUCCUCGCCCUCAGCGACCUCAGCGCCCUUUCCCUCAGGAUGAGAACCAUGGUCACGCCCGCAACGACUCUUUCAACAGCGACUACUCCGACGAUGAAGUCACAUACGAAAAGGCCAUGGCUCGUGAGAUGUACGAGAAGGAACAGCGCCCCCACGCCUACUCCAAAGACGACAGCAACUCUACCAUGCCCGCCUGGUUCGUCGUCUUUUACGAGCAGUACGUCCGACAGCGCUCCGAGAUGAUUGAGAUGAUCAAGGAGUCCCAGUACUCUCAAGCUGCUAUCGACUCCAAGCCCCACGCCGAAGUCAGCGAGUCCUACUUUGAUGAGGAGAACAACUCGAUCGACCACGAGACUUUCAAGCGCAUGUCUAUGAACAUCACCCUUCUCGAAGGUGGUAUCCUCUUCCACUCCGUCUUUGUUGGUAUGACCAUCGCCAUGACCACUGACGGUCUCCUCGUUUUCCUCAUUGCCAUCAUGUUCCAUCAGAUGUUCGAGGGUCUCGGUCUCGGAUCUCGUAUCGCUGCUGUUCCUUACCCCAAGGGUAGUGUCCGACCUUGGUUACUCGUCUUUGCUUUCGGCUGCACAGCCCCUAUUGGACAAGCUAUUGGAAUUGCCAGCCGAAACUCUUAUGAUCCCGAGAGUGAGAUGGGUUUGAUCAUGGUUGGUGUCUUCAACUCUAUCUCUUCCGGUCUUCUCAUCUACGCUGCCCUCAUCAACCUGUUGGCUGAGGACUUCCUUUCCGAGGAGGCUCAACAUCUCAUGAAGAAGAAGGACCAGAUCUUUGCUUUGUGCUGGAUCUUCCUUGGCGCCUUUGGUAUGUCCGUUGUUGGCGCUUUCGCUUAA